AUAUUGGUACCCGGCGCGAUAAAUAUGUUAAUGAAGCUGAAAACCAAGUGAACAUUCGAUCUCGCGUCGGAUUAUUUACAGCAAAAUGGUUUGGCUAUUUCAAAAGCUGUAUUCUAUAUUCUGGAGUGAAUGGUUUUGGUUACCUAAAAAUACUACAUGGGAAAUACUCAAAAAUAAGCCAGGGAGUGGUAAAUACUUCCCGGAGACCAAAGACUUGUUAGUUGCCAUCGGGGUAGCUCUAGCACUCUACGUGUUUCGGCUGCUGUAUGAAAAGUUUGUUGUUACACCUUUUGGAUUUUAUUGUGGAUUAAAAAAUGAAAGAACUAGAAAGGCUCCCACGAAUAAUAUACUGGAAGAAGAGUAUCGGCAUAAAAAGAAUCCAAAUAAAACACUUAUACAGAAAUAUGCAAAGCGUACAGACAUGCAAGAAAGGCAGGUGGAGAGAUGGUUUAGAUUAAGAAGAAAUCAAGAUAGACCUACUGUUAUGAAAAAGUUUACAGAAACAGGCUGGAGAUUCACAUACUAUUUUGGAAUAUUUAUAUAUGGCCUUUCAGUUCUUUGGGAUAAACCGUGGUUAUGGGAUUCAAGACAUUGUUGGUAUGGUUUUCCAGAACAUAAUAUAGAUACAGCAAUAUACUGGUAUUACAUCAUAGAACUAGGAUUUUACCUCUCUCUAAUGUUUUCACAAUUUCUGGAUGUUAAAAGAAAGGAUUUUGUAGAAAUGUUUGUUCAUCACAUUGCCACAGUAUCAUUGUUAAGUUUUUCAUACCUAGGCAACUUUUUACGUGUAGGGACUCUAGUAUUGUGCAUACAUGACUGCGCAGAUUUCUGGAUAGAGGGUGCAAAGUUGGCGAAGUAUGCAAAAGCCCACCGCCUCUGUGAUAUUCUGUUUGCUAUUUUUGCUGUAGUUUGGUUUGUUACCAGGCUUGUAUGUUACCCACUCAAAGUUUUAAAUGCUACAUGGAACCAAAGUAAUGAGAUCAUGGGUUUCUGGCCAUCUCUAGUUUUCUUCAACGGCUGGUUGUGCCUAUUACUGGUUCUACACACGUACUGGUUCUCACUUAUUGUACGGGUGGCGUACUCCGCCCUCACGAAGAAGUCAGAGCAGGUUGAUGAUGUCAGAAGCUCGACGGAGGAACCCGUGUCAGACGAGCCGGAACAUAAUCACGUCGGAAACAACGUCGGUAAUCACAAUAAUACAAAAGCAGGUUGAACAAAGGGGAGAUAAACACUACUGUGAUUUCAUCCAUCUUCAGUAUCAAAAGGUCAAAGUUCAGCGACUUGUAAGAUGACCUUUAUAUAGGAUAAAAACAAAAGGUCACAAGUUCAGGAAGGAAUGGUCCAUAAUCAACAUAAAAACUUUUUUAUAUAAAAAAAUAAAUAUAUAUAUAAAUAUAUAUACAUGUAUAUACUUCAUCUUAUGGGAGAUAAUUGUAUCUGCAAACAUGUGAAAUUAAACCAGGUGCAAUUAUCUUUUACAAAGGUGUAACAUUGAGUUUUAAAUGGUUAUUUGAAUGUAAUAGUGCAAAAAACAUGACAUUAGUUAUAUAUUCAUUAUAUGGAAAAAAAUGUUUUAAAGUUUAACAAAAGAAGAAUUGAUAUUUUGAAGAAAAAAUUAUUUAUAUUUUGACAUAUUUUAGUACAAUUUUGUCUGAAUAUAUAAAAGUAGGUCAUUGAUUUUGUAUGCCCUAGUAACAGUUGAUUUAUAUUAGAUGGGGCAAAUAACUUUUGUCCUAUACGUGAGCUGAUAAAUUUGUAACAACUUCAUUCCUUCAAAAUCUGACACAAAAUACCUCUUGGCAUUAAUUAGCUUGAUUUUGAAAUAUGACCUUGACCCAUAAAUGAAUUUGAGGUCAAGGUCAAUUUUCAAAAUUUAGGUUAUUUACCUUAGGUAAUUAACAGUUAUUGAACUGGGGCAUUUUGUGUUUUGCAAUUUUUUUCAGAACCAUUCUUAUUUUUGUAUUGAUAAAUGAUAGAGAAAAAUGGAUAGAUUGAUUUUUUUUCUACAGCUAUGUUAGUUUUUUAAAUGUGGUCACUUGUUAGAAAAUGCAGCUUUUGUAAAAAUAUAAAAAUGAUUUAUCUCAUAAAUUUUUUAAAGGUGGUUAGCCUAAUAAAUUAAUCAUUCAUGUGUGCUGGCAUGAGUUAUACUGUAUAUCAGGUUUUUUCCACGAGUAUUUAAUUUUCGCUAUAUUCACGUGCAAUAUAAUUGCUUAAAAUAGAUUUGCUAAAUUUGCCUUCAAUUUAAUACAGGGAUUUCGCAAGUUUCUGUAAAAAAAAACCAAUAAAUCUUUGUCAAAAAGAGUUGUCUCUCUUUGUCAGCAGAAAUAUGAGAGAGAAAAAAAAAUGUCAUUUUUUUGGGGGUGGGGGAGG